GCAGAUUUAAUUAUUAGAUGUGGUUUCUAAUCUGUGUUGUAUAAUUUUGAAUUUCCUAACAAUAAAGGACAAAAGUUAGUUGAAAGUGGACAUUAUUUAAUGUCAAAGAAAUAAAACCUAAGCAAACAGAACAUGUUGCUUCUAGAAUAAAUGGUCAUUGUAUUAAACAAACUUCUGUGUCAUCUAACCCAUGGCAAGUUACUCUUGAAAUUGAUUCAAAUAGAGACAAUAGAGUAGUGAAUCAUACAUCAUGUGACUGUCCUGCAGGGGCAGGUGAAAAAUGUAAACACAUAUGUGCACUGAUAUACUAUAUUAAUAAUGAACAAAAUACUUCAAAAACAGAUUUACCACAGCAAUGGGGCAAACCAUCAAAGAUUCUGUAUAAUGGAUGAACAAGAAACAAAUAUUGCAACUUUUGUUGACUUUUUUGAUUUUGAUUUGCCUGGAAAUGUAUUCAAUACUGCCAUUGCACUGGGUGAUGUGGACAAUGACAAUGAAAUAGAACUUGUUAUUGGCAGUAUGGAAGGCGAUUUGUACAUAUUUAAAGGUCAUCGGCUGAUCCAAAAAAUAUCUGGAUUAGGCAUAAUUACCGCAAUAGCUAUUGGAGACUUAAUGAAUUGUGGCAGUAAUGCUUUAAUUGUUAUAUCUGGUGAUGGCUGGUGUCAUAUUUAUUUAUGUUUAAAGUUUAGUAAAUUAGAUCCAACUGAUGAAUGUAUUAUGAAACUUGAACCUGUACAUGAUCAGCGAAUACCAGCAAACACUAAAGUGAUUUUACUAGGUGAUAUUGAUUCUGAUGGAAUGUUAGAACUAAUCGUUGGUUUGACAGACAGAGUGGUACGGUCCUAUCGUUGGAGUCAGAGUGCGGCUGCUGGACGACUAGUACCAUUACAUAAAUGGGAAUGUGCUAACCAAAUUGGAUCAAUUAUAUUGAUUAAGGAUGUUAAAAAUAGACCAUGUUUACUUGUUUCUCAACCUGGUGUCACUGCAAUGCGUUUUUAUUGUCCCAUAGCAUUUCCAGAAUUAAUUGAAAAAACAAUUGAAUAUGAAAACGAAAAUGAAUUGCCAUUAGAACUUCUUAAUCCUUCCAUAUCUUCAUUAAUGAUAGGAGAUCUCAAAGUAGAUACAAAUUGUGAACAAGAACUUUUUGAUAUAAAUGAUCAUUUAUAUGGAAUUGCUUCUUUAAAUGGUUUAAUAAUGUUGGCAAAAAAAGAGACAAUUCUAUGGAGUAAAAGUAUGGAUCAAGAAUUGUUUGUUUUAAGUAAAUUAUCAAUAGCAGAAGGUGGCCCUGAUUAUUUAGUAACAUGUUCAUCAAAUGGAGAUACCUUGGUUGUGGAUCAGAAAAGUCAACAUGCGACAUUUAAGUUUGGAGAAUCUGUUUCUGCUUUUUGUUGUGGAAUGUAUACAGUAAAACCAAAUACAAAAUCUAUGUCUAGUUUUGUAUUUAUAACUAAUUCACAGAAGGUUUAUAUUUAUUAUGGUUUGAAAUUACCAAGUACAUGUGUCCAGAGCUUAUCAAAAUGUAUUGAAAAUGACAAUCAGCUUUCAAAAUAUAUGGACAAAUAUAAAGGACCAUUGAAAAAAAAAAUUAUUAGGGACUGUCUUUAUAAAUAUAAUCCUGAUAAAAUUUAAUAUUAUAUAAAUAUUUUUAAUAACAUGGUUUUUUUUAUUAUAAACUAUUUACCAAGGUGAUAUUUUAAUUCUUAUAUUAUGUAUUUAAUUUAAAUUAACAAUUACUGCAAUUUAUUUAUUUAAUAUAAUUGUUUGAAUAAAUAAAUGUAAUAAUUAUUUAAAUUAUCAAGUAUUAGAGUUCUGGCCUGUCUUGUUUUAGAAAUUAUAUCAAACCAGUUUGCCUGUAGAUACUAUUAGUUAAUUAAAUGGACUGGCCUAGUAAUACACUAAUAUAAAUCAUUAGACUUCUUGCUUAGUAUAAUCAUUUAUUGUGAUACAUAAUGACCUCUCUAUGUUUUUACUGUUUAAAAUACAAAUGCCAGUGAAAUAAAAUAAUGUCUAAUUAUCAGAAA